AAUAGAUGGAGUUAUCCUAUUAUACCCUUUCCUCCUCCAUUGUGUUAGAGAUAGCUUUGAUUCGUCUCGCGGAAUGAACCUACAAAGAAAUCGAUGGCUGGAAGUGAUCGCUUACUAGGGUUUUUGUUUCAUUUGGGGGGAAAGGCAAAAAGGAAAAGGCUGUAGGCCUUGCUUCGUCUGAUUGGUCCUUCCGACAUCUGCUCAGAGCUGCCGCAAUUCAAUUGGAGCAGUCGUAGAUCGCGGCUUCAACAGAGCUUGCAAGAAUAAUUGUGCUUUGAAGGAAUGGAAUCAUAUCCUGGUGGUACAAAUACAAAUACAGCAGAUCCGAGCGUACAAACGGCUUUACCAGCCACAAUCAAUGGUCAGCCAUGGUGGUGCGGUCCUGUUUUUGCUGCUGUGGGUACCUCCAAGUCACCCUCAGUUGGAAACGAGGCUGGCCAAUCACAACCAAGUGAUGGUGUGGACGACACAGGGGAUGCCAGUAAAGAGAGACAGAAUAUGGGCACAAGAGCAGAUGGGGGCCUUGGAGAGCAAAGGCAGAAUCUUCUGCCUACUUCAUCUGCCAUGACUUCAGUUAUGCCUGAGAUUCUCUCACAACAUGCCGAGCUGGAACUUGGUCAAUCGAUUGCUUGUGCUACAUAUCCAUUUACUGAUCCUUAUUUUGCUGGCGUAGUGGCUUCUUAUGGAACUCAAGCACUAAUGCAUCCUCAGCUUAUUAGAAUCCCCUGCUCGCGCAUGCCUUUACCUCUUGAAAUGACAGAGGAACCAGUAUAUGUUAAUGCCAAGCAGUACCAUGGAAUCCUUAGGAGAAGACAAUCUCGUGCAAAGGCUGAGCUAGAGAAAAAUGUUAUAAAAGUUAGAAAGCCAUAUCUUCAUGAAUCACGUCACUUACAUGCAACGAGGAGAGCUAGGGGUUGUGGCGGUCGUUUUCUUAACACCAAGAAGACCGAUGAUGCCACUAAAACCGAGACACAGCAGGGUUCAACUCCUAAUUCACCUCUUCCCACGCAGUCAGUUGGCUCCUCAACUUCACUGACCUCCGAUUGCUCAGAUAAUGCAAAUCCAUCCAGCCCCAUGCAUGAAACAUCUGUUAGUUGAAAACAUGGCCACCAAGAACGUCCAGAAUCCCAGUUCUCAUCUUUCCAUCUGAAACCAGGUCAGAGAACAGAAUGUGGGGACUACACAGGAAAGCAGCAAGCUGGUAUCAUGGUGAAUCGUCCUCCUGGCAGGGCUGUGGUCACACAGUAAUUAUCUAUCUAGUUUGAGCAGUGACCGGCUCUUGCAGCAUCACCCUGUGAAUUGGUCCUAUCAGAUGCUCGCUUUCUGAGAAUUAUCGGAUUGAUCUGGCAAAUAUGUAGGAGUGCAAUCUGGUGGCGCUGGCUCUGCUCUGGGGAAGUCUCAUAAAUCUGAUGCUUGCAGGCAAUUCAUUCUUGGCUUUUAUCCUUUUCAUUUUCUUUCGUGUCUUUGUGGGAGAAAAAGAAGACUGGAUACAUCGGUGCAGGUUCAUCUGGAUGAAUAGGUACUUUGAACCAUCUCUUGGCUUCUUGAUCUCGUGUCAAAUGUGAAGACUCAUUGUUGAAGAACAAAUUGCUACUCGGUGUAGUGGUGCUUACUGUAUGAAAAAGAAAAAAAACAACCAAGAGACGUGAAUCUUUGAACUUGAUUGAACUGAUUAAAAAAGAAGGUUUAUAUUUGCUAUGGUACAGAGAAGAUGUUGGUUUCUGUAACUGAUGCUUUGUGAAGCCUGUGUUAAUCAAGAGGCACUUGCACUGUGUGACAAGAGGAUGAUCUGAGGCGAAGCUGAGAUAGUUGAUAGGUUUUAGCAGUAAUGAUUUGGAGGUUGUUCUGUUGAUUUCAUGGCUACAAUAAGCAGGUAUUGAUGGAAUCUGAUGGAUAGAGCUAUCGAUUGUUGUUGAGAUACACACUAGAAAUCUGUUCCUGAGCAAAUCUAGUGGUGAUCAGUGCAUUCAAAUCUGCAUGUGAAAAGUCAACGAUUAAUUAUCACUGAAGUAUUAAGCUCAAAUGGAUCUCAGAGCACACAAAGAUCGGCCGAUCAAACAUCGAACAUGCGUUUGCGGCAGGUCAACCGGUUUCACUCAUAUUGGGGCGUACUUCUUUUUAUUCGAUAUGAAAUCAAUAGAUGAGUUGAUGUUUUUAUUAGAUAAGAAUGCUCAGGUGUUAACUAGAUAUGUUUACACAGCAGCAGCAAAAGAAGUCCGGCUUUGGUCUAGAUAAGAGUUAUCUUUUUCAGUGUGGGUUGCAAAUUGUAGGUGUGAUUAAGUGGUAAUUGUAGGUGCGAUUUUAUAAGGGAUCAUUUAGUUGGUUGCGGCGGUCA